AUUUCCCCCUCUCCCUUUAGAAGUCCCCCUCUCACACACAGAUUAGAAAGAAAACCCCAAAAACCUUGCCUCGCUUUCUCAGCACCCAAACAAUACCACACUAAUGGCGCAAACAAUCAGCCUCCGCAAAGGCAACACCCGUCUUCCACCUGAGGUGAACCGCGUCCUCUACGUCCGUAAUCUUCCAUUCAACAUAUCCAGCGAAGAGAUGUACGAUAUAUUUGGCAAAUACGGAGCGAUUCGUCAAAUCCGGAUCGGAACCAACAAGGACACUAGAGGCACUGCUUUUGUGGUUUAUGAAGAUAUAUACGAUGCCAAAACGGCAGUGGAUCACUUGUCAGGGUUCAAUGUGGCGAAUCGGUAUUUGAUUGUGCUGUAUUAUCAGCCAGCGAAGAUGAAUAAGAAGUUUGAUCAGAAGAAGAAAGAAGAAGAGAUUGCUAAGAUGCAGGAGAAAUAUGGUGUUUCUACUAAAGAUAAGUAGACUCUUGUUAAUUAGAUUAGUAUAAGAAAAUGGAAACUCUUUUUGUUGUUUUGGAAUUGCUAGGGUUUGUUAUCGAUGCUAUUGAAUUAUUACACUGCUUUGUUUCUGCAAUCGAUAUAUCCAUGCAUGUGCUCAUGUAUCGUUUCCGUGUUUAAUUGACUGUUGUGUUGCUUAA